UAUGCCUCAUGUUAUUGCCUCAUCCAAUGUGUUCAGCUAGCUCCCAGUAGUGCAUUGCUGUUUCUUCAACAAAGAAUUCAAAGAGAACACUGCAAACUAGAUAAUAGAAAGUGGAUAACAAUGAAGAUUUUGAAUUCAAAAUGGCUCUGGACCUACCAGAUAAUGUGGGAAACUAAGGAAUCAAAAGCUACUUAAAGCUCAUUGAGGUCACCAUUACACUUUGACAAGGAAUACAAUAUUUGUUAUAAUAGGAAAAUAACUUAAUGAACACGAACCUACAUGAAUGAAACUGACUAUCAAGGUGCCAGACAGACCAAAAUUGGAGAAGAAAUCACACAUUUUGCUAUACUUAUGUCAACCUGCACUGUUUAACAAUGUCAAGAAAUACAGAAAUACUUAACUUGUCCUUUCUAUUGGAUCAGGAGAGGGAAAUUAUUUUGGGAGUAUUACAAAGAGAUGAACAAUUAAAGAAAGUUGAAGAUAAACGAGUAAGGAAAUUAAAAAAUGAACUUCUGGAGAUCAAAAGAAAAGGGGGCAAUCGCUUUCGUUUACGUCAACCAAACAACCCCAAGGUUUGUGUUCGUUGCCAGAAGAGUUUGGGAUUGAUCUUUAACCGAGGAGAGCUGUGCCAAGUAUGCCAGCUACGAGUCUGUAACACAUGUCGAGUUAUUGUUAAAGGAGGGAACUGGAAGUGUGCUGUGUGCGCAAAAAUUGCGGAGUUAAAGAUAGUAACUGGUGACUGGUUUUUUGAAGAGCGUGCUAAACGAUUCAAAAAUCUUAGCGUCCAAGGAAGCGAUGUGGUCAGGAAAUCCAUCAUGAGGAAGAUACCAGAAUCAAACAAAACUGAAAAUGUAGAAUCGGAAAACAAAGUCAAUACUAAUAUCAGCGAAAAUAUCCCAUCGAUUGCAUCGUCAGGAAGUGUGCAAAAUGCAGCAAUCAAUGAAACGCGGUUAAAGGGUAUUGUAGAUAAAAAAUCUGGAAAAGGAGAGGAUGGAAGAAGCAUUCGUUCAGAUUUUGACUCACAAAGUAUACGCAGUACCAGAUCACUGCCUCGCUCGGAAGGUUUGCUUGACAAGAAGUCUGGGAAACAAACACGAUAUGGAGAGGAUGGAAUAAGCAUUCAUUCCGAAUAUGAUACUCAAAGCAUGAGAAGUACCAGAUCAAUGCCUCGUUCUGAUAAGAGAUCUAAAGUUGAUGUGCACAGCCUCCCUGAAUCUUCACAAGCUGCUUUUUUCCAGUCGGACAUGGAUAACGCGGACAUGAUUAGUCGGUCCAGCAUUAAGGUUGACUCACGUCCUGAAUCCAAACGCAGCUCUCCAGUUUCCACAAGAGGGAGCGUUCUCUCACUGGAAGUAACUGAUGUGAGUGCCAAAGCAGGAGGCAGCAUAGCUUCAUCAAAUAGAAGCAAUAACCUAAAGAACAGCACAACCGGAUCAAUAUUGCAGAGCUCACCAACACUUAGCAAACGGAGCGUGUCUUCAAAUUACAGCCAAAAGCAAUCUGGGGAGAAUGGCCUUACCACAAGUUCUAGCAUUCCUGAUCUUUAUAAGAAACAUCAAAGAAAAGAUUCUGAGACUCCCUCUAUUUCUGUAUCCAGAGUAUCUAUUACUUCAGAUCGCAGUCGAUCAGAACUGGACCUAAGUGGUAAUUUUGCAGAUGUGAAUGAGGAAACAGGAAGCAUAAGAAGUCGAUCUGUUCCCGGUGGUUUAAACAAGGAUUUGGAAUAUCUAGCUGAAGUGGAAGAAGAUAUUGAUGAUUUGGUCUCUUUACACAAGCCAGUCAGUUUGAGAAGUGCAUUAUCUACAGCAAUCUCAGACAGGAAAUGGACCCACUUAAAUGUUCCUGACGCAGAUGCUGAUACAACAAGUCUGAACAGUAUGACAAGUGUCUAUAGUGAAACAGGAGACUACGGUAAUGUGAAAGUGACAGGUGAAAUCCUGCUGAACAUUAAUUACAGCUACAAAACUGGUGCUUUAAAUGUCCUGGUAAAAAGCUGCCGGAAUCUUGCAGUAGCAGAUGAAAAGAAGAAUAGAACAGAUCCGUAUGUGAAGGCAUAUCUACUUCCAGAUAAGUCUCGUCACAGUAAACGCAAAACAAAAAUAAAGACCAACACCACCAAUCCUGAUUUCAAUGAAAUCCUCAAGUAUGUAAUCAGUCACACGCAGCUGGAGACACGAACGUUACAACUGACAGUCUGGCAUAAUGACAGGUUUGGGCGUAAUAGUUUCUUAGGUGAAGUAGACGUUCCCCUGGACUCAUGGAAUUUUGAAAACAAAGAUGAUGAAUGGUUUACAUUGCAACCAAAGAUGGACAUGUCCUCUGAUGUCACCCUUCAAUAUAAGGGAGAACUGACGGUUGGUUUGAAGUAUAUUUCUCCAGAGAAAAACUUAACUCUACCACUGGAACCAGUAUUAGGAAAGAAAAGUUUUAGGCGUUCCAAGAAACAGACUAUUCAGAUGCCAAGUGGAGGAAUUCUAGAGGUCCAUAUUAAAGAGGCAAAAAAUUUAACAGCCGUGAAGUCAGGUGGCACUUCAGAUACAUUUGUUAAAGGGUAUCUGCUACCAGAUAACAACAAAUCAACAAAGCACAAGACUCCAGUAAUCAAAAAGAAUAUAAACCCUCAAUGGAACCACACGUUUACCUUCACAAGCCUGCAGCCUGCAGACUUAGAAAAUGUUUGCUUAGAACUGACAGUGUGGGACAAGGAAUCUCUGUCAAGCAAUGUUUUCCUUGGAGGCGUCUGCUUGGGAUGUGGAAAUGGUAUAAGUUAUGGGAAGGAAGUAGACUGGAUGGACGCACAAGGGGAAGAGCAAUACUUAUGGCACAAGAUGAUGGAAAAUCCUGGAACCAUGGUAGACGGGACAGUAAUGCUCAGGUCCUCUAUGGCAAAGCACAAGAAGGCUUGAAUAAUUCUCAGGAAGACUAUGGAUGUUUGUGCUGUGAAGGAAAAGCUUGGGGACAAGCACUGUGUCAUAUGCUGUGUAGUGCUGAAAAUAAAGAGGACUUUAAAAUGCCUACUAGAGUAUCUGGUGCAGUCCUGCUCACAUUCUCUAUGGAUAUAACGUUUGUUCAGCAGAAUCUGCAAGCCAUUGUGAUAAUAUGCAGCAAAUGUGCUGAGCACAAGCCUAUCUAAUAUACAUUCCAGAUUUAGCCAUUCAGUAAUACACCCUGCUGGGGUGUAUUAUUCACAUGCUGUUAAGACUAUUUCAUUUUGUCUUGCUCAGAUAUUACUUGUUUUUCCUCUUACAGCAUCAAGCUUUGUUCUAUAUGAUUUAGUGGCUGAAAAGAGCUUACCUCAAAUAUAUAUUAUUAAAAACA